AUCAUAUCCAGGUAGUAUCUACUCCAUACUCAUAGCAGUAUUAUGAAGAAGAAUCCCUUGGUAAUAUUGUGCCAAUUUCUUUUUUUUUUUUUUUCUGGGUAUGAUACUCCACUCCCGGAAAAGCGGCUUCGUGUUGUCUUUUCCUGCUUCAUAUCUACUUCGGGGAAAUUGUAUAGGGAGCAAUAGUUAGGUGUCUGAUAUGGCGAUGGAUAAGUACCGAAUGCGUCCCCCCUCCCCUUCAGUUAGGGCUUUACAGAUAUACUCACUCGAUCGCUCAAUCAUUCUUGGCUGAUUUUCAGUUGGGUCGAGUGAAUACCUUUCUUGGAUCUAGUUAUCACUUUUGUUAGCUGCAGUUCGAUCUUCAAUUCGUUCUCUCCUGCCCUAUGGAGAACAGUAAUUCGUCCGAUGAUGAAUCGUUACCAACGACAUCACGUCCGGUAUACACCGAGGAAAACGAUGAAACCAAGAGUGUCGAGACCCUCGUGUUCCCUCGAUUGAACAUCCGUGAAGAAACCAGCACAGAAACCCUCGCCAUACAUCACCAUGCCGCUAACCCCCCGCUCGCGUCCACCAAAGACUCGGAAUGGAGCAUGACCCCGCAAGUCAUCCGCAAUCAGGAGCGGGAGGAGGCUGCCGGGUUCAAGAGACGUGAACUAGGAGUAACAUGGCAAAACCUGACCGUCGAUGUGCCGGCUGCUGAAGCAGCCGUGAACGAGAACCUGCUCAGUCAAUUUAAUAUCCCCCAGCUGGUCAAGGACUUUCGCCGAAAACCCCCAGUUAGAUCAAUCUUAUCCGAAAGCCAUGGCUGUGUGAAGCCGGGGGAGAUGUUGCUGGUCCUAGGGCGUCCCGGGUCCGGUUGCACCACGCUUUUGAAAAUGCUCUCGAAUCGACGACAGGGCUAUCAUUCCGUCCAGGGCGAUGUCUUCUUCGGAAACAUGAAUCACACCGAAGCCGCACAGUAUCGAGGGCAGAUCGUCAUGAACACGGAGGAAGAACUGUUCUAUCCUAGACUAACUGUGGGCCAGACCAUGGACUUUGCCACCAAACAUAAGGUCCCAUUUCACCUGCCGGAUGGGAUGAAGUCUGUGGAUGAGUAUACCGCCGAAACAAAGCAGUUUCUCCUCGAGUCAAUGGGGAUUUCCCAUACCGCACACACCAAGGUUGGAAAUGAAUUCGUUCGAGGGGUCUCUGGAGGCGAACGCAAGCGUGUCUCGAUCAUUGAAUGUUUAGCAACCAGAGGUUCGGUGUUUUGCUGGGAUAACUCGACAAGAGGCCUUGAUGCGAGUACAGCAUUAGAAUGGGCCAAGGCUCUUCGUGCCAUGACGAAUGUCACGGGUCUCUCGACUAUUGUUACCUUGUACCAAGCAGGCAAUGGCAUUUACAACCUCUUUGACAAAGUGCUUGUCCUGGAUGAAGGAAAGCAGAUCUACUACGGACCUGCGGCGGCUGCAAAGCCAUUUAUGGAAGACUUGGGCUUUGUGUACACCGAUGGUGCUAAUGUUGGCGACUUCCUCACUGGUGUGACGGUCCCCACGGAGCGAAAGAUCAGACCGGGAUUCGAGAACCGAUUCCCUAGAAACGCAGACGCGAUCCUUGCUGAAUAUCAGCACUCCCAAACCUAUAGCCAAAUGAUCUCGGAGUACAACUAUCCAACCACAGACCUGGCGCGUGAACGGACCGAAGCCUUCAAAGAGUCAGUUGCAUGGGAGAAGUCCGGCCAGCUCCCUAAAAACAGUGCUCUUACCACAGGCUUUGGGGCGCAGCUCCUGGCCUGCACUAUCCGACAAUAUCAGAUCCUGUGGGGAGAGAAGUCGACCUUUUUGAUAAAGCAGGUUCUCUCGUUAGUCAUGGCUUUGAUUGCAGGCUCCUGUUUCUAUGACUCCCCAGACAACUCAUCCGGAUUGUUCACCAAAGGUGGAGCUGUGUUCUUUGCCUUGUUAUAUAACUGCAUUGUUGCCAUGUCUGAGGUUACUGAAUCAUUCAAGGGACGACCCGUGCUGGUCAAACACAAGUCCUUUGCUAUGUACCACCCCGCUGCUUUCUCGCUUGCCCAGAUUACUGCCGAUUUCCCCGUCCUCCUUUUCCAGUGCACCAUCUUCUCAGUUGUUAUUUACUGGAUGGUUGGCUUGAAGCCGUCCGCGGCUGCGUUCUUUAUCUUCUGGGCCAUUCUCUUCACGACGACGCUGUCUAUCACUGCCCUGUUUCGAUGCAUCGGAGCCGCAUUUAGCACGUUCGAAGCCGCUUCCAAGAUCAGUGGAACUGCCGUCAAGGGAAUCGUCAUGUACGCCGGCUACAUGAUCCCCAAACCUAUGGUCAAACCAUGGUUUGUUGAACUGUACUACACCAACCCCUUUGCCUAUGCCUUCCAGGUAGCGCUCACCAAUGAAUUCCAUGACCAAACCAUCCCCUGCGUUGGCAACAAUCUCAUUCCCAGCGGUCCUGGCUACGAAGAGGUUGGCUCUGCCCAUAAAUCAUGUGCGGGUGUUGGUGGUGCGUUACCCGGUGCUUCCUACGUUACAGGGGACCAGUAUCUGUCCUCGCUCCAUUACAAACACUCGCAGCUCUGGAGAAACUUCGGUGUUGUUUGGGGCUGGUGGGGAUUGUUUGCGGUCCUAACCAUUAUCUUCACAAGUUUUUGGAACGGCGGGGCUGGAAGUGGCGCGUCUCUUCUGAUUCCUCGCGAGAGGCUUAAGCGCCAGCAAGCUAUUAAGGAUGAAGAGGCUCAAAUACGAGAGAAGGCGGUGGUUAAGGACACUCCUGGUAACACCUCUCUCGAUGAAGGGAACAUUUCCCGCAAUACCUCGGUCUUCACAUGGAGGAAUCUCUGCUACACUGUCAAUACACCUACUGGCGAGCGACUGCUGCUUGACAAUGUCCAGGGAUGGGUGAAACCGGGGAUGCUUGGUGCACUGAUGGGGUCUUCUGGCGCAGGCAAGACUACUUUACUGGAUGUCCUUGCUCAACGCAAAACCGAAGGAACAAUUACGGGAUCUAUUAUGGUUGAUGGCAGGCCCCUGCCACUUACUUUCCAACGUUCAGCGGGUUACUGCGAGCAGUUGGACGUUCAUGAACCUUUUGCAACUGUAAGAGAGGCACUCGAGUUUUCUGCUCUUCUUCGUCAACCACGGACAACCUCCAAGGAAGAAAAGUUAAAAUACGUGGAGACUAUUAUUGAUCUGCUGGAAUUGAAUGAUCUCGCAGACACCCUUAUUGGCACUGUUGGAAAUGGCCUUAGUGUCGAACAAAGAAAGCGUGUGACAAUUGGUGUCGAGCUUGUUGCUAAGCCUAGUAUCCUGAUCUUCUUGGAUGAACCUACUUCUGGUCUUGAUGGACAGUCAGCUUAUAACACUGUCCGGUUUCUCAGAAAGCUGGCAGAUGUUGGGCAGGCUGUUCUUGUGACUAUUCACCAGCCUUCAGCACAGCUCUUUGCCCAGUUCGAUACACUCUUGCUUCUUGCAAGAGGCGGCAAGACUGUAUACUUUGGAGAUAUUGGGGAUAACGGAUCCACAGUCAAGCAAUACUUUGGCCAAUAUGGCAUCCAUUGUCCAAUUGAGGCUAACCCUGCAGAGUUCAUGAUCGAUGUUGUUACCGGAGGUAUCCAAGAAGCCAAAGAUAUGGACUGGAACAAAAUCUGGCUUGAAUCUACUGAGCACGCAAAAAUGGUGACCGAGCUAGAUACUAUUAUUUCCGAAGCAGCCUCUAAACCGCCUGGAACAGUUGAUGAUGGUUACGAAUUUGCCAUGCCACUCUGGGAGCAGACCAAAAUCGUGACAAACCGCAUGAAUGUCGCCCUAUUCCGGAACACCAACUAUAUCAAUAACAAGUUCUCGCUGCAUAUUAUCUCAGCCUUAUUGAACGGGUUUUCUUUCUGGCGCAUCGGGCCAUCCAUCACAGCACUUAAUUUGAAGAUGUUCACCAACUUUAACUUCGUCUUCGUUGCUCCGGGUGUCAUCAACCAACUGCAGCCGCUCUUCAUUCAACGGCGCGACAUCUAUGAUGCACGCGAGAAAAAAUCCAAAAUGUACUCGUGGAUCCCUUUCGUUAUCGGGCUGAUCGUCUCGGAAUUUCCGUACCUCUGUAUCUGCGCCGUCCUGUACUUCUUAUGCUGGUACUACUGCGUGAAACUACCCUACGACUCGAACAAGGCCGGCGCCACGUUCUUCCAAAUGCUGAUUUACGAAUUCAUCUAUACUGGCAUCGGACAAUUCGUCGCAGCUUACGCGCCGAACCCGACCUUCGCCGCGCUCGUGAACCCGGUUAUCGUCAGCACCCUGGUCCUCUUCUGUGGAAUCUUCGUGCCCUUUGUGGAACUCAACGUGUUCUGGAAAUACUGGCUGUACUGGCUGAACCCCUUCAACUACGUGGUCUCGAGCAUGCUCACGUUCAGUAUCUGGGACGCAAAGGUGGCCUGCAACGAGAACGAAUUCGCCGUGUUUGAUCCGGUUAAUGGCACAUGCGGGGACUAUCUCUCCCAGUACAUCAACGGGAAUGGCUGGAGAGUGAACCUCACAAAUCCGGAUGCGACCUCGGCCUGCAAGGUCUGUCAGUACCGCGAGGGAAGCGGUUUCCUCACUACGCUCAACAUCAAAAAUUACUACUACGGUUGGCGGGAUGUGGGGGUCAGUGUGAUCUUUGCGAUCAGUGGAUAUGCCCUGGUUUUUGCCCUGAUGAAGUUGAGGACUAAGGCAUCGAAGAAGGCCGAGUAGACGUACCUAUGGAGUGGGUUGGGUUGUGAAAACGGGUUGCAUAUGUAUAGAGGAGAUAGAAGAUAUAGACUAGAUAUUCCCGAUAGAACUAGAGUUAUU